AUGAGAUUCGAGGAUGAUUCGGAGAACGUAAAUAACGGUUCGGCCAACGGGGUUGCUCUUACCAACGGCAAUAGUAGCCGGAAGGGUGGAAAAAUGGUCGACAAGAAUGGGGUUGGUGGCGGUCUCGGGCGGGAUUAUUUCGGUCAUGAUAGGGAAGAGGUGACGAGGUUGAUCAUUCAAGGUCUAUAUGAUCUAGGGUACCGUGAUUCGGCACAGAAACUGGAACAGGAGUCAACUUUCCCCUUAGAGUCGGACGAUGCAGCUCACUUUCGGGAUGCAGUAGAGAACGGCGACUGGAACAAAGUGGAGCAGUUACUUGGUGUUCUGGAGCUACAGGAUAAUGUUGAUAAGAAUGGACUCUUAUUUCUGCUACGACAACAGAAGUUUCUUGAACUUCUCGAGAGCAAACAACUUGGGCGGGCACUGCAGGUCUUACGUACAGAGCUGACACCCUUGAACUAUGAUAUGGACCAGUUACAUUUCCUGUCUAGCCUCAUGAUGCUAUCGCCCGAAGAUUUGCAAAGACGCGCGAACUGGGAUGGAGCGAAUGGAACCUCGCGAAGACGACUGUUGAAUAAAUUGUCGGGCGCUAUAUCGCCGUCAGUGAUAAUACCCGAACAUCGACUAGCGACAUUGUUACAACAAGUUAAAGAUCACCAGAUCUCGCGUUGCCUCUAUCACAAUACAGAGAACUCGCCAAGCUUAUACACGGACCACGAGUGCGACAGGAGCCAGUUUCCUUCGCAGACUAUGAGGAUACUUGAGGACCAUACAAAUGAGGUGUGGACUGUGGCGUUCUCGCAUAAUGGGGAGCGACUAGCAACUGGUUCGAAAGAUACAACGGCAAUAAUAUAUGAUGUCAGCACGUGGUCGAUAGUGAUGAAUAUGAAAGCGCAUGAGGGAGGCGUUGCAUAUGUGUCCUGGUCACCUGAUGAUCAAUAUAUUGUUACCUGUUCGAACGAUCGAACCGCUAAGCUCUGGGAUACAAUAACUGGGAAGUGUAUGCAUACACUCACGAAACAAACUGAGCCGGUUACUUGCUGUGCCUGGGCCCCUGAUGGCACGUACUUUGCUACUGGGAGCGUCGACAAAUCGAUUGUUCUCUGGAACCUCGCUGGGGAGGCAUUGCACACCUGGCAGGGUAGCCGGAUAUAUGACAUAGUAAUCACUCCGGACGGUGCCCGCCUAAUAGCAAUCUGCACCGAGCACAAGAUUCAUAUUUACGACUUAACAACGCCAAAGAGGGACGAAAUAUGUGUCUUAAACAUGAAAGCACCACUUACGAGUAUAUCAGUAACGAAAGACUCGAGGUUUGCGAUUGUAAAUAUGGGGCAAGGAAGCGAGCAGAUCCAAAUGGUGGAUUUGCAAUAUCACGAAGAAGUUAGAACGUUCAAAGGUCACAAACAGGGCAAAUUUGUCAUCAAGAGCUGUUUUGGGGGUGCAGAUGAAAACUUUGUGGUUAGUGGUAGCGAAGAUUGCUUGAUAUAUGUGUGGCAUAAGGAUAAUGGACAAUUGAUGGAGAGCCUCGAGGGUCAUACUGGUACAGUGAACUGUGUGGCAUGGAAUCCUACAAACCCUCAAAUGUUUGCGUCUGCGGGCGAUGAUAAAGUUGUGAGGAUUUGGUCUGUUGCUAGUGACUCGCUGAAGGGAAAAGAGCGGGAAGAGAUGGCGUUUUUUGACGAGAUGAUUGAUGCAUAA